UGGUCACUUGUCCCCCUACGACGUGACGUCAUAGAGAGGCCUGACUCCUUCCCUCACAUCAUCAACAAGACGCCAAGAUGCCGAGUGUCAGCGUAAAGGACGUUAACCAGCAAGGUUUCACGAAGGCUUUUGCAGAGUUCCUUAAAAAGUCAGGAAAGGUCAAGGUGCCAGACUGGGCUGAUCUCGUUAAGACGGCCAAAUUCAAGGAGCUUGCCCCCUACGAUGACGACUGGUUCUAUACGCGUGUGGCCGCUGUUGCCCGCCACAUCUACCUCCGUUCUCCCGUUGGCGUAGGAAGCGUCCAGAAGGUCUUCGGCGCACGUCAGAGUCGAGGCACCGCUCCUUCCCACUUCUGCAAGAGCUCAGGUGCCGUAGCUCGCAAGGCUCUACAGACCCUGGAAACCCUCAAACUGGUCGAGAAGGCUCCCAGCGGCGGCCGACGUCUCACCUCCCAGGGCCACAGAGAUCUGGACCGUAUAGCCGCUCAGAUGAAGGCCGCGGCAAAGGUCAAGCCCGCCCCCAUCGUUGUCACUGCUCAGUAAACGAAUAAACUAAGUCUUUCGUGA